UAAAUUCUCCUGAGUUCUACUGUGAAUAUCUGAAGCUGGUAUUUAAAGAGUCUGAGCUAGAAUACAAGAGACAAAUUAUACUACAGAAUCCAUACUGGAUGUUUACAUCUAGUGAGAGGGAAGAGAUCUCAUCUGUAGAGGAUGUGGAGGAAUUAAGAGAAUAUGAUAAUGAUGAUUAUGAUGAUUAUGAUUAUUAUGAUGGUUAUGAUCGUGGUUAUGAUUAUCCAGUUAUGGUUGAUACAGAGAGAAUUCUGUCAAGACUGAAACCUAAGAUAACCUCAUUGCAAUCAAACAUUCAAUCUCAUAGCAGUGAACCCAGUGCAUGUGAGGCCAAUACCAAGCCAAAUUAUACCCACUUUUUAUCUCAAACAUCCUCAUUAGGAUCUCACUUCACUGAACUAGUGCCUGCUGUCUCACACCAUUAUUCUAACUCUGCUCCCAUAACUUAUCAAUCAUCCCAGACCCAAGCAGGACUUCACCAUGUUAUAUACCAGGAUUUGCAAGCUGAACAUUCCUUCCAUGUUAUAUACACAAAAAACAAGGCAGGAUUCCUGGAGCAUAUGGUAGACUUGUUUAAAACUCAAGGCAUUGAGUCUGAGCCAAUUUACAGAAAUACUGAAUUUGAGGAACAAUGUAAUAGUCAUCAAAAGUGCUCAAAAUGUGGGGAAAGCAACCAUGUGACUAGUACAUGUUGGUGCCGUAAACCUGUGAGAUGUUUCCGAUGUAAUCAGCUUGGACAUAAAAGGAAAUUAUGCCCAUCAUAAAACUGAAUUAAACAUUCAAGUUGUGAAAAUUGCAAGAUCAACUUAAAUACAAUGUAC